ACCCAGCAGUGCUCUCUGCAAACCAGGGACAUGGCAUGGAGGGGUUGCUUCAUGAAACGGGCCAAAAUAAACUCGCUAUAUACACAAUUCCUGUCUCCAAAAAGCUCCAGAUUAACCAUCCAUCCUCAGCAAAGAUGUGGCUUCAAGAAAGCUCAGAGACAAUCCGAGACAAAAAGAGGUCUCCAAGAGGAGACUGAGGCGGGUCAAAAGCAUGUUGUUUCACCCCUUCCAGGAGAACAGGUGCCCCCUAAACCACUGCCACCCAGAAAACCACAUAGACUCUUCAGGCCCCUGGUGUUCACAGUGGGGUUUACAGGCUGCUCGUUCGGCACGGCUGCCAUCUUGCAGUAUGAAUCAGUAAAGUCACGAGUGCAAAUGGCCAUGGAGGAGGCCAAAGAGGAGAAGCGGGAUAAACUCGGAGAGGGUCAUAACACAACAUACUGGCAUAACUGGUGGAAUCAACUGUCACACUUCCAGAAGCAGGUGAUUCUGGUCAUGUCUGUGGUCGAUGAUUGGUGGAGUGGACUCAGUGAAGGACAAAAGACAGUCACAGGUAUCAUAGCUCUAAACACUCUGGUUCUGUGUUGUUGGAGAAUACCUUCAAUGCAACGCUCUUUGGUCAAGUACUUUACAUCUAACCCUGCUUCCAAGACACGUUGCCUUCCUAUGGUUCUGUCUUCUUUCAGCCAUUACUCCAUCAUUCACAUGGUGACCAACAUGUAUGUGCUAUGGACCUUCUCUUCUAGCAUUGUCUCUCUGCUUGGGAGAGAGCAGUUUUUGGCCCUUUAUCUGUCUGGAGGUGUAAUCUCCACAUUUGUCAGUUACGUGUUUAAGACAGCUACUGGUCGUCUGGGUCCUUCGCUAGGAGCGUCAGGGGCCAUCAUGACGGUUCUGGCAGCAGUCUGCACCAAGACUCCUGAAGCUAAGCUGGGCAUCCUCUUGCUUCCUAUGGUCAGCUUCACUGCAGGAAAUGCUUUGAAAGCUCUUGUUGCUUUGGAUACAGCUGGUCUCCUCCUGGGCUGGAGGUUUUUUGAUCAUGCAGCCCAUCUUGGUGGAGCUCUGUUUGGAGUGUGGUACAUUGCAUAUGGUAAUGAAAUGAUCUGGAGGAACCGCGAGCCACUGGUGAGAUUAUGGCAUGAACUAAGGAACAAGCCCAACGGCAGACCCCGACCAGGAGGUGGUGGUCAAGUUUAGGAUUAUUCAGCUGCCUCAAGAUCACUGGACCCUCUCAUUUCAGAAACAGAACUUUCCUUCAGAAUACUGACUGACUAACGUAAAUUCGAAGAAGUAGUGCAGAUGCUCAGUACACGUCUCCUUCUUUUCUCAAGCCUGUUGUCCUAUCAUUAAAGGAAAAAAGGGUUGUAAGAAGAAGCCUAUAAAAAGAAUCCCCAUGACAUUUCGCAGCAGCGCUAUUGUCUGAGGACAAAGGCAUCGAUCUCUACGUGGAGCUCAGUAUGUUUGUGUAUAGUGAGGUCUGAGACCAUAUAGAAAAUCUGGGAUUCGGAAUUUAAUGUAAAACCUGGAAAUAAGCAAAGUUGUAUGUUUUUAUGGAAAUAUCGAAUGCAAUUCACUGCUGCACUAUUGCUUGGUCAUUAAUCCAAUUCUCUGACAUCAGCAUGUUAACUAGUCUGUAUGAGAGAUCAGAUUAUCUGGGAAUUAAUAUUCCAAAAGAGCAUCUGACUUCAAAGGAAGCGCCUCUUGGAACAUUCUCAAAUCUCAAGUCUAAGGUGAAAUACAGGCCAAAGGCAUCUAUGUCCAAUAGAACAUGACUGUGUUAUGUUUUUACAAAGGGUUUUAAAAUAUGAAUCUAUUUAUUAGAUAAAGUUAUUGGUGGACUUUCAUGAAAAGCUUUCUACUCACCUCAGGAGAGAAUACUGUCAAAAUAUUAAGAGACAAUAAAUGUAUUCAAAGUUUG